GAACCACAAAAGCCACCAGUGGUUGACCAACCUCUUAGACCAGUGACAAUAGCAGAAGGAGAUAUUUUGCAGCUCAGCUGCCACGUCCAGGGAUCACAGCCAAUCAGGAUUCAGUGGCUGAAGGCUGGGAGAGAAAUAAAAGCUUCAGAUAAAUGCAACUUUAGCUUUGCUAAUGGAACAGCUCUUUUGGAACUCACAGCAGUUACUAAAACUGAUGCAGGCGAAUAUGUGUGCAAAGCUAUAAAUGUAGCUGGAAGUGACUCUUGCAAGUCAAAAGUGACAGUGAAAGAAAAACCAGCAGCUGCACCAGCAGCUAAGAAAACACCAGUGGAUGGAAAGCUGUAUUUUAUCUCAGAGCCUCAGAAUCUCAAAGUUAUGGAAAAGAGUGUUGCAACGUUUAUUGCUAAAGUUGGAGGUGAUCCAAUCCCAAAUGUUAAAUGGACUAAGGGAAAGUGGAGACAACUCAACCAGGGAGGUCGUAUUAUCAUCCAGCAGAGGGAAGAUGAAGCCAAACUAGAAAUAAAGGAUGCAACAAAAACCGAUUCUGGAAUGUACAGAUGUGUAGCUUUUAAUGAACAUGGUGAAAUUGAGAGCAGUGCCAACCUACAAGUUGAAGAACGAAGGCAAGAAGUAAUUGAAGGAGAUCUAAGAGCAAAACUGAAGAGUACUCCAACCAAAAAGAAGGAAGAGGAGGAAGAGAAGCCCAUUGAUAUCAUGGAACUUCUCAAAAAUGUUGAUCCUAAAGAAUAUGAGAAGUAUGCUCGCAUGUAUGGAAUUACAGAUUUCCGUGGCCUCCUGCAAGCCUUUGAGCUGCUAAAGCAAAGCCAAGAGGAAGAAAGUCAUAGAUUGGAAAUUGAGGUAACAGAGAGAGCUCGCAAAGAAGAACAGGAAUUUGACGAACUUGUAUCAUUUAUUCAGCAAAGACUCACACAGACAGAGCCCAUCACUCUCAUCAGGGAUCUUGAAAACCAGACCGUUUUAGCAGAUGAGGAUGCUAUAUUUGAAUGUGAAAUUAAGAUUAAUUAUCCAGAAAUCAAACUCUCCUGGUACAAAGGAACUCAAAAAUUGGAUUCUAGUAACAAGUAUGAAAUAAAAAUUAAAGGUGAUCGGCACAUACUCAGAAUCAGGAACUGCCAACCUGCAGAUCAGGGGAAUUUCAGAGUUGUCUGUGGUCCACAUAUUGCUAGUGCAAAGCUAACUGUGAUUGAACCACCAAGGAUUAUAACAAAGCUAGACUCCUCUAGAGUUGUAAAACAGCAUGAUUUUACUAGAUAUGAAUGCAAAAUAGGCGGCUCUCCAGAAAUCAAGGUCACUUGGUACAAAGAUGAAACUGAAAUCCAUGAUGGUGAAAAAUACAGAAUGUCCUUCAUUGAUUCUAUGGCAGUCAUUGAAAUGCAUAAUCUCCGUGUGGAAGACAGUGGAGACUACAUUUGUGAAGCUCGCAAUGCAGCGGGUAGUGCAAGCACCAGUACCUCAUUAAAAGUGAAAG